GACAUUUACUCGAUAAAAGGUGAAGUUUAUACACAUCGGCCUGUUCACUCCAAUCUUGUGUCGCUAAAUUAACGACGGUCAUUAUUGUUUGUUACGUAGGCAUUCUCGAUGGUUCUUUUGCUUUGAACAUCAAAUAUUUCUUUUGAUGUAUUUAUUUUUCUAUAAAUUAAAUUAAUGUGAUAAAACAAAUAUUUUUUAUUUAUAAUGUGUUGAGGAGAAUAAUAUAUUUUAUAGUGUACGAUAAUGUAUAUAGAUAUUAGUGUUCAUUACAUAUAAAAAGCAUAUCUGAAAUAUUAUGAUAAAUUAUUUUUUUGACAUAUAUAUAUAAAAAGUAAUUUUAGAAAUUAAAAUACUAUUGAUCAAUCCUGAGUAAAUAAAGUUGUCUUCUUAUUUGAUCUUAGAAUUAAAUGAAUAUGUGAUUAGAAUACAAAGAGGUCCACUUCCAGAGAAAUCUUGGAGAGUUAGUAGACGCUACAAUGAUUUCGUACAACUUAAUGCAACUUUAUCAAUAUCAGGCAUUGACCUGGCCCUUCCUCCAAAGAAAAUUAUUGGUAAUAUGGAACCAGACUUCAUAGCUCAACGUCAAGUAGCCCUACAGAAUUACCUAAACAAUAUACUAAUGAAUCCUAUAUUGGCAUCGUCACUCCCCAUGAAAAAAUUCUUAGAUCCAGAUAAUUACACAGCGCCAUUACAUGAAAUAGCACUGCAACAGGUGUCACUAGCUUUACGCAGUGAUGCAAAUUUCGAAGUUUGUAAGGCCAUUCCUGAUAUGGGAUGGCGGUUAAGGAAACAUUAUUAUACUGUAAAAAAUCGUCAAAAUCCCAAGCAAGAGUUACUGCUUGCAUGGGUAGAAUUUGGUCCAGACAAACACCUGCAAGAUAAAGAUAUGCAAGGAGUUUUCAAAAGUUUAGGGACGUUGAAGCAUAAUUAUAUAGAACCAAUCGUUUAUCAACAUGUAACGGAAAAUGGAGCGUUAAUGAUAAGAAAUUUUUAUCCAACGGGUACAUUACGCGAUAUUUUGUGUGUAACUAAACCCAAACAACCGUUUAUAAAGAAAUAUGGAAACCCAAAACAAACCAAAUCGUUAACAGUGCCUGAAAUUGCUAUGUAUGGUUACCAGAUUUUGGAAGCUUUAGGAUUUCUUCACGAAAAGGGCCUACCAUACGGACAUUUACAUACAGGAAAUAUUCUUUUGACUCAGAGAUGUGCGAAAUUGCUGGAUCUAGAAAAUGGUCUGUUAGGCUUACCAGCAUUUUAUCGGCCUUAUGUUGUGCAAAGGCGUAAACUUCACGCUACGACUCAAGUAGAUGUUUAUUCGUUUGGACAUGUAUUAUAUGAAAUGGCAUUUGGACGACCACUGUUAGAAGCAACGUGUUCUGAGUUACCUUAUUGUGAAGCAACUUUAAAAAGUCUGCUGGAAGUGAUACUCGCACCAGAAGCUCUAAAACAAGAUUUACCAACGGUAUCGCAUUUAUUAGAACAUCCAUUCUUCGAGUCAGCAAGACAUGCUGUAUUAGCUGUUGGCUCCAUGGAACGACCACACUUCAAAUUAAGUAGUCAUUUGAAGGAGGCUCUGCAGCAAGCAGUGAACAAAGCAGAACAAAGAUUAAAAGACGAGCAGAAAGUAGCAAGACAUCAAAAGAGGCUUGUCAAAGUUCAGGAAAUGAUGAGCUCGGAAGAAGAGAUGAAAAAGCGAAAACAAAAACUAAAAAAAGAACAGAAAUUAGCCCAAGAACAACGUUCUGCAAAUCAACUAAGUGCGAAUGGGAUGAAACAUGUUAACGGCAAGAGUCCAGAGCGCUCGGAUAGUCCUACAAGUACUUCUACAGCGACCAGCGUUGGAACUUUAACACCCCCAUCGCUGCGUUCUAUAGAUGUGCCGCAAAGUGAUGGAGUUCCUGCUAAGAGUACUGUACCACCACCUCCGAUGCCACCAUCCGUUGAUGCAAGUAAUGUUUCAAAGUUGACCAAUGAACGAGCUGCUCUGCUAGGAAGUAUUUGUAAUUUCAAUAAAACUAGUCUUCGUAAAGUUGCCAAUGAAUAUCAUUGAGGUGAUAAAGUUAGAUAAUUGAAAGAAGAUAGUGCUGAGUGAUCGUACUGAUUCAGAAAUAAAGAAGAAAUUGUAUGACAGUAAUCUAUACCAAAAGGAUGCUAUUUUUUUCAUCAAAUUGCGAAGAUAUUUAUAAUUUUAUUUCGAUCGCGAUACUUGUGAGAUCUGUAUACGUACAUAUAUAUAUUUCAAUUCUGUAGAAUCUUAAUAUGUAUAUUUCAUAGGAAUAGAUAGUUGUAAAUCGUAUAUUUACAAAUAAUCAUGUAUAAAAUAAUUCUAUUCAUGUAUUUUAGCAACAUGAAUUAUUGUUAGAAUUGAGCAAUAUUUAAAUAUUA